UUAAAACAAAUUUUUUUUUUCAGUUAAACAUUUCCAAUGAAAAAUUUCAGUUAAUAAAAUUCUUAGUGAAAACGUUUUAGAGAUAAAAAGUAGAAAAUCAUGGAUAAAGAAGACGUUUAUGACUUUUUGGAUAUUGCAUCUAUUUAUGAUAAAACUGGACGCAUACUUGAGGCUGAGUUUCUUUAUCAAAAAAUUGUUCCACAUUUAGUUGAUGAAUACAUUUAUAAAAAGUGCAAGAAGGAUAAAACUGCAUGCUAUGGACCAAUUAGGGACUCUAUAGAACGAAUUGGACUUAUCCGUCAUCACAUCAACAAUUUACUUUUGAAUAGACAUCUCAUAGUAGAAUUCGAAAUCCAAAAUGAUGACAUUAUACAAGGUUAUGGUCAACUUUUUGGUAAGUAUCUACAAACAAAUCUUAAAGAGAUGAUCUUAGAAGAACCGCAACUCAGUAAAGAGCAUGAAAUAAAAAAUCUAUUCAGAUUUUUCAAAGCUGUUACUCUCAAAUGCAGACAACUGUCAUUUGUGAAAAUCUGCACCAAACCUGCAGAGCAGGAUGCGGACAAGCAGCAUGAACUCUUACAGAAGUUGGUGUAUGCCUUCAAUGACAAACGUAAAGUUGGUAUGAAAAUUGAUUUUAAACCAGAUUUAGAGAAAACGAAAAUGAUUCUUAGCAAUGGUUAUAUGAUAACCUUAAGUACUGGCUUACAUAUCUUUAAGAAAGAGAGACUGAGGACAUUAAGUUACGUCACACCCAGCUUAUUCGCUAUCAAACCAAAGUAUAAUCAACUA